UCUCCCGCCCUCGUCUGCUGGGCCCAGAGGACCAGAGCUGCUUCCUCCUGGGCUUUACUGAAACCGCCACGCACAGCACGUGCCCGGUCUGUGCGGGCCUGGGCAGGCACAGCUGUGCGGUGCCCCAUAGCUGCCUCUUUUGCUUGGGCAAAAGCAAAGACUGGACCCCGAUUCUGAUCCAAACCCUCUGGCCGGUCAGUGUCCACUCUUUGCGAUGUUAGCAGAGCUGUGCUGUAAAAGGCGCCCGGGCUUGUGGAGGAUGCUGGCGGUGGCCGUGUUCGUGGCCCUUCUGGGCUGCCUGCGGGCCCAGGAGCUGCGGGGACACGUCUCCAUAGUCCUGCUGGGAGCCACUGGGGAUCUGGCCAAGAAGUACCUGUGGCAGGGGCUGUUCCAGCUGUACCUGGAGGAGGCGGGGAAGGGCCACAAUUUUAGCUUCCACGGGACUGCUCUGACGGCCACUGAGCAGGGCCAGGAGAUCGUGGCCAAGGUUCUGGAGUCCCUUUCCUGCCCCAAGGAUGUGGCACCCGCUCGCUGUGCUGAACUCAAGGACCAGUUCCAGCGGCUGAGCCAGUACCGCCAGCUGAAGACCACGGAGGACUACGCGGCUCUGAGCAAGGACAUCGAGGCGCUGGUGCAGCGCGAGGGCCUCUGGGAGGCGGGCCGCAUUUUCUACUUCUCCGUGCCGCCCUUCGCCUACACGGACAUCGCCCGCAGCAUCAACAGCAGCUGCCGCCCGGGCCCCGGCGCCUGGCUGCGCGUCGUCCUGGAGAAGCCCUUCGGCCACAACCACCUGUCAGCGCAGCAGCUGGCCACGGACCUCGGGAGCUUUUUCCGCGAGGAGGAGAUGUACCGGGUGGACCACUACCUGGGCAAGCAGGCCGUGGCUCAGAUCCUGCCUUUCCGAGACCAGAACCGCAAGGCCCUGGACGGCCUGUGGAACCGGCACCACGUGGAGCGGGUGGAGAUCGUCAUGAAGGAGACGGUGGAUGCAGAAGGUCGCACCAGCUUCUACGAGGAGUACGGUGUCAUCCGCGACGUCCUGCAGAACCACCUGACGGAGAUCCUCACGCUGGUGGCCAUGGAGCUGCCCCCCGACGUCGGCAGCUCGGAGGACGUGCUGCGGCACAAACUGCAGGUCUUCCAGGCGCUGCGGGGCCUCCGGAAGGGCAGCGCCGUCCUGGGCCAGUACCAGGCCUACAGCGAGCAGGUGCGCAGGGAGCUGGACAAGCCGGCCGGCUUCCUCAGCCUGACGCCGACCUUCGCAGGCAUCCUCGUUCACCUGGACAACCUUCGCUGGGAGGGCGUCCCUUUCCUCCUGAUGUCGGGCAAAGCCUUGGACGAGAGAGUGGGCUACGUCCGGGUCUUGUUCAAGAACCGGGCGUGUUGUGCGCAGAGCGAGCAGCACUGGGUCGCAGAGCAGAGCGCGUGUCUGCCGCGCCAGAUCAUCUUCCACAUUGGGCACGGCGCGCUGGGCAGCCCUGCGGUGCUGGUGAGCCGGAACCUGUUCAGGCCCACGCUGCCCGGCAGCUGGGAGGAGGUGGGGGGCCCGCCCGGGCUCCACCUUUUCGGCCGCCCACUGUCUGAUUUCUAUGCCUACAGUCCCGUGCGGGAGCAGGACGCCUACUCCGUCCUCAUCUCCCGCAUCUUCCACGGCCGCAAGGACUCCUUCAUCACCACAGAGAACUUGCUGGCCUCCUGGGCCUUCUGGACCCCCCUGCUGGACAGCCUGGCCCGUGAGGCCCCCCGCCUCUACCCCGGAGGGACGGAGAACGGGCACCUGCUGGACUUUGAGUUCAGUGGCGGCCAGUUGUCCUUCUCGGUGCAGCAGCCGGAGCAGCUGGUGCCGGGGCCCGGCUCCGCUCCCUCGCCCAGUGACUUCCAGGUUCUCAGGUCCACGUACCGAGAUCGCCCGCUGGUCACUGCCUGGCCCGAGGAGCUGAUCGCAAAGCUGGCCGACGACGUCGAGGCGGCCGCCAUGAAGGCCGUGCGGCGCUCUGGCCAGUUCCACCUGGCGCUCUCGGGCGGCUCCAGCCCCGUGGCCCUGUUCCAGCAGCUGGCCAUGGGCCACUACGCCUUCCCCUGGGCCCACACGCACCUGUGGCUGGUGGACGAGCGCUGCGUGCCGCUCUGGGACCCUGAGUCCAACUUCCAGGGCCUGCAGACGCACCUGCUGCAGCACGUCAGGCUCCCGCACUACCACGUCCACCCCAUGCCCGUGCACCUGCGCCAGCGGCUCUGUGCCGAGGAGGACCAGGGCGCCCAGGCCUACGCCGAGGACAUCUCCGCCCUGGUCGCCAACAGCAGCUUCGACCUGGUGCUGCUGGGCAUGGGCGCCGACGGGCACACCGCCUCCCUCUUCCCGCAGUCGCCCACCGGCCUGGAGGGCGAGCAGCUGGUGGUGCUGACCGAGAGCCCCUCCGGGCCGCGCCGCCGCAUGAGCCUCAGCCUGCCCCUCAUCAACCGCGCCAGGAGGGUGGCGGUCCUGGUCAUGGGCCGGUUGAAGCGCGAGAUCACCCUGCUGGUGAGCCGCGUCGGCCACGAGCCCAAGAAGUGGCCCAUCUCGGGCGUCCAGCCCGUGUCGGGCCAGCUGGUGUGGUACAUGGACUACGAGGCAUUUCUGGGGUGAUGGGGCCUUGCCCCCUGCUCACUCCCAGGCUGUCUCUCCCCUGUCCUCUCCCCUCCCCCGAGUCCUGCCACCUGCCCGGGCGCCUGGCUCUCUGGAAUCGGAUGCCUCAGGGUCAGCCCCGGGAGAGGCCCCAUCCCAACCCCUUUGACCGUCCCUGUCCAGAUGUGGUCAGACCCAGAAACAAGGAAGAAAUGGAGGCUCGUGAGAGGCUUCAAAUCCAGGUUGGGAGAGACUGGCGGUUCCACGUCAACAUCAGCCGGCCUCGUGGCCAGGCUGCGGCGUGGGAGCUCCCAGCUUCAGCAGGAGGCAUGCAGGGGGCCGAGGAGGGUGCUGGAGGGGGGCCCUGGGACGGCUCCCGUGGAGAAGGGUGCGGGCAGCCGAGAGCAGAGAGCCCGGCAUAGUGGGUGCAGGGCCGGGCCGGGCAGGUGCUGGGACUGCCCUGCUUCCCGUUUCCUCCCGGAGCCUCUGCCGUCGGCUGCUGUCCUGGCCCCUGUGGGCUGCCUCCUGCUCCGUGUGUCCAGUCCUUCCUCCUCGUCCUGACUCAGGGGGCCUCCCAUCCCUCCUUGGUAUCCUGGCUGUCCCCAGACCCUCCAAUUGUAGACAGAAAGAUGACGACAAGAACACUGCCACUAAUACUGGGUGCUACAACGGUGCCAAACACCUCGUGACUUGUUAGGGGCCCUUCCUCUGUAAUGACCUUCUCUGCAUGGGGGGACCCCGCCCUGCCCGCUGGGCAUAACCAUCAGGCCAUCCCAGGGGUCCCUCCGUACGAGGGCUCUUUCCAUCUCAGGGAACCUCCAGUGUCCUCCCUGUUCUACCAGGAAAGACCUAGUCAGUCUCUCUGAUGGGGACAGCUCACUGCGGGGAGAGCUGUGACGUCAAGCGAUGCACCAUCCAGACGCUCUGAUCUGACCAGACAGGAGCCAGGCCUUUUGCUGGGGCGGCCGUGGCGCCGGGGCUGCAGCACCCUCCUCACACAGCCCUCCACUCCCUGCCCGCCGGUCCCUCCUGCGGCUCACGGCGCCACUGCAUGUGGGAGGCUCGGGAACAAGGCGGCGGCUCCUCAGGAAUAGGUGGGUGCUCUGCUCUCGAGAAGCGGGGCCCGUGGGCCUGUUCUCCUGAGACCCCCAGGGGUGUCUCUGAAAUGCUUUUUAAAAAAUCAGCAGCGACAGGACACCAUCUGUAUUCCAGCUUUCCACCUAGUCGUGCCCCCAGCUGUGGCUGUCAGGGAAUAAGAUGCUUCCUGUGACUGA